GCUGCAGAAUCAGAGAGCAGCAGCAGCCAUGGGGAAGAAAGCCAAAGGUAAGCAGCGGAAAGACCCGUGGUACCACCGCUCAAAGGAACUCGGAUACCGAUCUCGAGCCACAUGGAAGCUCAUCCAGCUCGAUGCCAAGUUCGGAUUCCUCAACUCCGCUCGAUCCGUGCUGGACCUCUGCGCUGCCCCUGGUGGAUGGAUGCAAGUUGCGGUAGAGCGAGCCCCCGUCGGCAGCCUCGUUAUCGGCGUCGAUCUGGUCCCCAUUCAACCCCUCCGGGGCGCCAUCGCAGUCCAGGAGGAUAUCACCACGCCUAAGUGCAGAGCCACCGUUAAGAGGCUUAUGUCCGAGAAUGGUUGCGGAGCCUUCGAUUUGAUUCUUCACGAUGGUUCCCCCAAUGUUGGUGGCGCUUGGGAUAAAGAGGCCACCGUUCAGAAUUCUUUGGUCAUCGAUUCCCUUAAGCUCGCCUCCGAACUCUUGGCUCCAAAGGGGGCUUUUGUCACAAAGGUUUUCAGGUCUCGAGACUACAAUGCUGUCCUGUACUGUUUGCGACAGCUUUUUGAAAAGGUUGAAGUUGACAAACCUUUAGCCAGUCGUUCGUCAUCCGCAGAAAUUUACAUUAUUGGUUUGAAGUACAAGGCCCCCGCAAAGAUUGACCCUCGCCUUUUUGAUAUUAAACACCUCUUUGAAGGAGGCAAAGAACCCCCAAAGGUGAUUGAUGUCCUCAGAGCAACGAAGCAAAAGAGGAACCGAGAAGGGUACGAAGAUGGUGUUUCAAUUUUGCGGAAGGUGGGCUCUGCAGCAGAAUUUAUUUGGUCUGAAGCUCCUCUUGACAUCCUUGGUUCAGUUACUUCCAUAUCCUUUGAUGAUCCUGCUUGUUUGUCUAUAAGAGAACAUGCUCUUACAACAGAGGAGGUUAAAGCGCUAUGUGAUGAUCUGCGUAUUUUAGGAAAGCAAGAUUUCAAGCAUAUCUUAAAAUGGCGUAUGAAUAUACGAAAAGCACUAUCUCCAUCUGAGAAAAGUGUUGCCCCUUCCACGCCUGUUGAACCUGAGAGCAAGGAAGAUGAAGAUGAAAGAAUUCUUAAUGAAAUGGAGGAGUUAACCCACACAAUUGAAAGGAAAAAGAAAAGGGAAAAGAGGCUUCAAGCAAAACGAUUAGCUAAGGAGAAAGCUCGGAAAGCACAGGGUGUGCAAGCGGAUGCAACACUGGAUGGAUAUUUUGAUCUGGACUUGUUUUCUCUAUCUUCUAUCAAGGGCAAGAAAAAUUUAGUAGCCGUUGAUGAUGAAGAGUAUCAGGAAUUUGAUGAAGGAUUUAGUGAAGAUAGCAAAAGCGAUACCGAAGCGCAAGAUGGUACACCCAGUGAUUUAGACUCAGAAGAAGAGCGCAAGCGAUAUGAUGAACAGGUGGAAGAGAUGCUUGAUAAGGCCUAUGAGACAUAUAUUUCUAAAGUGGAAGGGAAAACUAAACAAAGAAAGCGAUCCAAAAAAUCUCACGAGGAAGAACUCUUAGAGGAGGACAAUGAAGAACCAAUAGUUAAUUCUGAUCAAGAAACAGCGAAUGAUGAUGGAAAUGAUGAACCAAACCCACUAGUGGUCCCACUCAAAGACGAACCAACUCAAGAGGAGAUUGCGGCACAGUGGUUCAACCAAGAUAUUUUUACUGAACCGGAUGAGCAGGAUAUUGUGGACAAGUAUGACAGUGAAGAUGAAAUGACAAUAGACGAAGCUGCAAAAACUGCCAAAAAGACAUCCCAUAAGGAAAAAGUUGCAUCAUCUCUGAAACAGGCCAAAAGUGUGGUUCAGCCAGUUGCCACGUCCAAUAUAGUCACCGAAGACUUUGAGAUAGUCCCGGCCCCACACACAGAUUCAAGUGACUCAUCUUCCUCAGACGAUUCGGACGAAGGCGACCCUGACACUAAGGCUGAAAUUCUAGCCUAUGCCAAGAAGAUGCUUGUUAAAAAGCAGAGGGAACACAUGCUUGAUGAUGCCUACAAUAAAUACAUGUUCCACGAUAAAGGUCUGCCCAAGUGGUUUGCCGAUGACGAACAGAAGCAUCACCAGCCUAUUAAGCCCAUCACUAAGGAGGAAGUUGCUGCGAUGAAGGCCCAAUUCAGAGAAAUUGACGCCCGGCCUGCUAAGAAGGUAGCAGAGGCGAAAGCCCGAAAGAAGAGGGCUGCCCAUAGAAAACUAGAGAAGAUACGCAAGAAAGCCAACUCUAUAUCAGACACGGCAGAUAUUCCAGACCGUUCAAAGAGGAAGAUGAUUGACCAACUCUACAAGAAGGCUGAUCCCAAAAGACCCGAAAGGGAAUAUGUGGUGGCAAAGAAAGGGGUUCAAGUUAGGCCCGGCAAAGGUAAAGUGCUUGUUGAUAGACGAAUGAAAAAGGAUUCAAGAAAUAAUGGGACGGCGAAGAAGGGUGCCAAAGGUAAAGGGAAGGGAAAGCUUAAACCAAAAGGACGUCCUAUGAAGGCAAAGGGUGGCAAGAAACGUAAGGCAAAGUAGUCUUGACAACUCUUGCCCAAUUUUAGGCCUUUUUUUGGUUUUUGCUGGAAAGAACAAAGUUUGAUUAAUUUGAUGCUAGGUGAUGGGCUCUUUGCUGCUGUUUGAAGACUUUUGUAGAGCUUAAGCUACAAAAGUUCCAUUAGACAUUUAUCACUCCUUCAGUCUGACAAUUUCUUCAAUUUCAUAUUUCUUGUUUAAAAUUUAUAAACUUUGACCUUAAUAUUCAAAGAACUAUGUAAACCGAAUACAGAUGAUCAUUAGUACGUUUCAUUUUUAUGAGAUAUCAUAUGGUUAAAAGUUUUAUCAAUGUAUACAGCAUAGAUUUCUGUUGAAGAAUGAGGAGUUGUUUGUUGGAAGUUCUUCAGCGAUGAAUUGAAUUGGAGCAGUUAGAGAAUGGCACGAGGCAUCUGAGCAAAGUGAAACUCAAGAUGUUAUUUACCAAGGAGCUUACAUUCAACGGUGUAUUGUACAUGCUGGAAAUUCACAAGAACUUGUUGUAAAGCACUCUCAACAAAUACAGUUUUGCAUCUAACAAUGUUAUUUAGAGCAAAAAUGGUGUCUUCAUAGGAGAAGAAUAAGUCUAAUGGGCUCUUUAAGGUCAAUAUAAUGACUCUUGGUAAACAUAGCAAUAAAACUAUUGUUGUUUA